AUGGAUGGACCAAUGCAUUUUUAUCAACUUUUGUACAUCAGCAUUCUGUCUACAGCUUGUUUCAGCUCAUCUGAAAGAUUUCUGGGAGGGCCACCUCAGAACCUACAAAUGAAAUCUGACAAUUUUCAGCACAUUUUGUCCUGGCAGGCAAAAAGGGAUCUACCUUUGCCAACUUACUAUCGUGUGCUGUACACUGACCGCAGGAACUGGAAGACUGCUAAACAAUGUUCAAAUAUUACACAACUCUCCUGUAAUCUGACAGAUGAUUUUAAAGAGAUUUUCACUCAGUAUUCUGCAUUCGUUCAGAGCUUCAUAGGAACUGAAGUAUUCAAUUCUUCUGUAUUUAAUUUUGUGCCAUAUACUGACACAUUCCUGGGGCCACCAGAAGUUAAUAUCAGUUCUUGUCUAAACUGCUUAAAUGUCACCAUAAAGCUGCCGACCUCUCACUUCAGAGAAAAUGGAAAGCUACUGUCUUUAACUGAUAUAUAUAAGGAGCUUAAUUAUGAUAUAACACUUAAAACACUUGAUGGAGAGCAUAAGAGGCCACGUGAGAAAACUGCUGAAGAAAUUUUUAACACUGUCAUUGAAGAAUUGUAUCCAAAUAGAAAUUACUGUGUGUCUGUUACAGUCACUGCAUCUCUAAAUGAACAUUCCACCUCAUCACCCUGGAAAUGUGUAACGGCAGACUCUGUAGCUCAGCAAGGUAACUAUUAUCAUAUAGUCGCAAUAGCAGGUGCUGUAUGUUUCUCACUGAUGUUAGCUGGUGCCCUGAAGUGUCUGCAUGCAGCAGGUUAUAUUCAUCAAAAAAAACCACUUCCACAUACCUUGGCGUUCAUCAGGACGUUAGCCUAUUCACUUUGGACACUUGAAUCUGAAGAAAUAGCCUCUGUAGAGAUAAUUUACAAAGAGGUUAAAAAAAAGGCAAAGGAACCCAGCGGUGCUGUCAGUGAUGAAGAUGACAGCGAUGACAGUGAGAGCGAUGCCAUAAGUAAUCAUGACUAUACAAGGCGUGAUAUCAUAAGUAGAGUACCUCAUUCCCCUGACGGGCCAAAUGUAUUUGUGCAGUACUCUACAAAUAGUACAUGUGACAGCAGCAGCAGCCACGCAAGUGAAAAUCCAGACACUGAGACAGAAGAUUUUGAAGAGCAUGAGAUGGACAUGGAAAAAGACAAAGACACAAGUAGCAAGUUACUCAAUCCUUUCUCUGAAGUAAAUUGUAACUAUUCUCCUAGGCGAAGGAACAGUGCUUGCUUUACCAUUAACUUGAAAACUGUGCUGUUGGGAACCUCUGAAGAGAACAUGGAUAGUUCUGCAAGUCUUCUUUCUUCCCAAGAAGAUGCAGUUGACUGGCAAUGUACUCGUGCUUUUGAAGCAAAACUCCUGGAUGACACAUCAAGGAAACCACACUGUCCUAAUGGCUCUCAUGAAUGGCAAAAUUCCUCUCAUUCUUCUGAUGAAAGUGACUCAUCAGAUUCAGAUAUGGACCAAAAAACUGAAUACAUACGAAGAUGA